UGGCAUGCGGACGCUUGGGUUAAUCUUUGUCCAACAAGUGUACGCACACGAACAGCAGUGCUGGUGCGUACACAGAAUAUUGGACCGUUGGCUUUUAUACUUGUCGAAUUCUCAGCGCAGCUCAAGCAAUUUCUCCAACUGUCAACACAGAGGACGUGUACCUGAGACGCGUUGGCUGGGAAUUGUGGGAAGCAGAAUCAUCCUGUGAUGAAGAGUAUGACAGUCGUGGUGGUGGGUGGAGGUGUGGUUGGCUUCUCCACAGCUGUGUGCAUCGCUGAGGCCCUCCCCUACUGCUCUGUGACCCUCAUAGCUGACAGGUUUACCCCAGACACCACCAGCGACGUGGCAGCUGGGAUCCUGAUUUGCUCACCGUUCCCAGAUAUCCCUCUGGAACAGCAGCAGAGGUGGUUCAAGGAGACGAUUGAUCACCUGCUGGCUAUUGCCCAAUCAGAACAGGCAUCAGAGGCUGGGGUGUUGCUCAGCUCAGGAUGGCAAAUAUACAAGGAGCUCCCUGCGGAUAAGGUGCCAUUCUGGUCUGCAUUUGUGCUGGGUUUCCGAAUCAUGACAGACCGUGAACUGAAACGGUUUCCCGAUCACAAGUUUGGCCAGGCGUUCACCACAGUGAAAUGUGAAUGUUCCAACUACCUGCGAUGGAUGGAGAAGAGGUUUAGAAAAGCAGGAGGCCAGGUUGUGAAGCAGAAAGUAAACGACCUCCAGGAACUAAGCAGCCAGGGCUACGACGUCAUCGUCAACUGCUCCGGUCUGGGCGCCAAGUCUCUAGUAGGGGACUCUGAGGUCUACCCUGUCAGGGGGCAGAUCCUCAAAGUCCAGGCCCCGUGGCUCCAACACUUCAUCCGGGAUGGGGAAGGGCAGUCCUAUAUCUACCCAGGGAUGCACAGCGUGACAGUGGGCGGCACCAGGCAGGUGGACGACUGGCGCCUGGAGGUGGACCCAGAGGACAGCCAGGACAUCCUGGAGCGCUGUAGCAGCCUGGAGCCAUCCCUAAGCCGGGCCAGGGUCCUGGGGGUAUCUGUGGGGCUGAGACCCAGUAGGAAGAACGUCCGGGUGGAGAGAGAGAUGGUCCUCCUGGGGAGCCGACAGGUACCGGUGGUACAUAACUACGGCCAUGGGGGCUGGGGGGUCACUCUGAGCUGGGGCACGGCCCUGGAAGCACUGGGGCUGGUCAGGAAGUGUCUCCAUGAGAUGCGCCCCAGGGCCAGGCUGUGAACACUACGCAGAUACUCUGCCAUAGAAAUCGUUUCUAAAUAACUGUAUGAUAUAAUUACUUGAUCUGCACCAAUUAGUGAUACCUGCUGCCAUUGCACAUUAAUGAAAUGAAAGCGAUACGAUUUUGCUUACUUGAUGAAUGAAAUCUCCACAGUGAAAAGUUAUUUGAAUUAUGUCAUCUGAAUAUUAUGGAAGCUACCCAGAUGAAUGACAUUGAAUUAAUAGACUUUGCCGUUUAGAAGUGGCAAAACCCCUCAGAGAAGGAUAUUUCAGACAAGCAAUUGAUAAUGGCUGAGGUAGAAUAGUUAAAGGUACAGGGACUUGACAUUUCACUAAGUGAUAGUAAAUAUUGUCUUAUGUUCAGAUGUCUGAUUUAAUCAAUUCUAACUUUCCAUAAAAAUAAAAAUCAAAGACCUUG